GAAUCAUCUGACUUUCCAUUUCCAAUCGCCAUUCGCCAAUACAAAGUUGACACAAGAACAAUCCAAAGUAGAGAUGCCGUAGCUGUAUUAUUUUUGUUUACAAGACACUCAUAACUCAGUAUUUAAUCUAUUUUUUGGUUAAUAUGCCGAAAACUACAACCGUAAAUUACGUUGUUUUCAUCUUAUAGACUGAUUCAAAUUGUUAGAAAAUUUGGUGAAGUGUUUAUCUAAAGCAAACCACGCAAAUAAUAGGUAUUGUUGACUAUACGUGUACGUGAGAUAACCGCUAGCACUUUUUUCAAUGAGUUAUUGAUAGGAAUGCAAAUUGUUUAUCUUGGUGACAAUAUUAAUACCUUUUAAAGAUGGGUGAUUUUUCCAGCUUAUCACCCUCAGAAGGCAAAUUGACUUUCAAUAAGAAAUUCUUUAGAGCCUUAGCUAUAGGAAUCAUAUUAUUAUUAAUCUUUCUAGAUUUCCCUCCUCUUUGUUCUGGACAUUCUCAUUCCCAUUCACACAGUCACGAUCACGCAGAUCCUGCUUUCAAGUAUUCAAAGGAAGCAAACAUUCCUAAAAAACCGUCCGUAAAUGUACCAGAAGUAAAUAGGUUCGACAUUCAGUUGUGGACACAAGCACUUGGCUCAACGCUUUUAAUUAGUGCUGCUCCUCUAAUAAUAUUGUUUUUGGUACCACUUGAUAACACUAAAGAAAAACAACCUCUUUUGAAAGUUCUUCUCAGUUUUGCGUCUGGAGGUUUGUUGGGAGAUGCAUUCCUUCACCUGAUUCCUCAUGCGCUUGUUCCAAUUGAGACUGAGGAGGAUAGUUCCAAACAAGGAGAUCAUUCCCAUUCACAUGCUCACGGCCAUAGUCAUGGUCAUGGCCAUUCUCACGCUCAUGGAGAACACGGUCAUGACAUGAGUGUUGGAUUGUGGGUGCUGAGUGGUAUUCUGACAUUCCUAUUGAUUGAGAAGUUCGUGAGGCUUGUUAAGGGAGGACACGGCCACUCACAUGGCCACUCGGCGGCUGCUGGCGAUGGAUCCAAAGCAAAGUCCAGUGAUGACGAAGAUGAGAAAAAAGAUGACAGCAAAUCCGUUGAAAAAACUGAAAAACAUCAAGUGACUGAAAAUAUGAAAGUAGCAGGAUACUUGAAUCUAGCAGCAGACUUUGCGCACAACUUUACAGACGGUCUAGCAAUAGGAGCAUCUUAUUUGGCUGGCAAAAAUAUUGGAAUAGUUACCACAGUAACUAUAUUGUUGCAUGAAGUGCCGCAUGAAAUCGGCGAUUUCGCCAUCUUGAUACAGUCAGGAUGCAGUAGGAAAAAGGCCAUAUUCCUCCAGCUCUCUACAGCCGUUGGAGCUAUGACUGGAACUGUGAUAUCAUUAUUGGCCAAAGGAAUAGAUAGUGCAGCGACGAAAUGGAUCUUGCCCUUCACAGCUGGCGGAUUCAUUUACAUAGCUACCGUCUCAGUCAUUCCCGAACUGUUGGAGGAUACCAAGUUCUGGCAGUCUGUCAAGGAGAUAGCUGCUUUGUUGCUUGGAGUUUACAUGAUGGUAUUGAUUGCUAAUUACGAAUGAGCGUCAGCUCCUUCUGGUUGGAAAUUGGUGCUACUUGGAAAAAGAUUAUUAAUAUUCAAAAAUUAUUUAUUGUAUCCUAUUCUAAUUCAACGGCAUCAAGAGACCAACAUUUCAUAUUAAGUACUUAUGAAUCAAAAUCAGAUCAACAUUUGAAAAUUGGGAAUCUAAUUUCAUUCUUCCAUUGCAUCGAAUCAGAAGUAGUAUAGCAUUCAUUCAUUUUUUUCAUCAUUCCCUUGCUAAUUUGUAAGUGCUGUGCUCCAAUACUGUUGAAUAUGUAUUGAAAAAGUUUAACAAUACUGUUGAAUAUGUAUUGAAAUGUUUAACAAUAAAGUAUUGUUAUUGCAA